AGAUACGCGCUGCGACGCUUUACGUGCAUUUCUUGCUCCGCCUCGUCUUCCUAUUGGGAUUUUUAAUAUUACAUCCUUUUUUUGCAUUUAAGGAACCUUUAAGAAUUAAAAAUCAGGAGAGAGGACCGCGGAAAAGAGAGUGUGUCGACAAGAGAACAAGAAGAAAGAAGGUAAAGCACGUCGAAUCAGUAAUGCAAAUAACGUCACCCUGAAGAUGAUGGCAAUGGGUUAGAAAUUAUUUUUCCUGGCUUCAUAAUAACAUAAAACAGGCGAGACCUUACCAUCUGUUCCUCUGCGUGUAUAUCAAUGGAUGGAGGGAGAGAAUGAGUGGAAUACUUUCAGCCUGUGGGAGUGAUUGCCAUUUGCACUCGACCCAAAGGAUCCUUUUAUUCACAUUCACAACCCCUUUGAAGCCGCUCAGUCAGGAAUCGAACUGUUUUGAGCAUCCAUUGUGUGCAUCCAGCUCUCCAUCUGGAUUUUGGUCUGUGCCUUCAUGGUUGUUGACAGUUAAAAACGAUAUGUUCUCAUGUACAAUGUUAAUGUAAUACAAAGGGGCAUAUACAGUUUAUUUUUCCUCUUAUGACAAGUUGUUUUUAUUAAGCAACAUUUACUACUGCAUUUUCUGUAGAAAUGCAUAUGCCGCUGCCUUUUUUGUCUCAUUUUUUAUACUUUAUCAAAAUAAUUUUGAAGAUAUCGUAUCCAUAAACUGAAGUGUUAUCAUCCUCAAUUUCUUAUUUGACAACAGCUGAAUAUUAAUUCAAAUAUUUAACAUUUCAAUAUUAAUAUUUGUUAUAAUCUUUACUUUCAAAGGUCAAUUUGCUUUACGGCUGUUGAUUAGUCAAUUUUUAGCGUAUCUGCCUAAAAAUAAGGGAAAAAAGAUGUCUGCUUCACUUGGGCCCCGGGGCGGCCCUUCUCCUUCAGCGGCUAUCCUGCCUGAAAUGCCAGACCUUAGUCACCUUACAGAGGAAGAAAGAAAGAUCAUUCUUGCCGUUAUGGAUCGACAGAAAAAAGAAGAGGAGAAAGAACAAUCAAUGCUAAAGGCCAAAGAAGAGCCAAAACCUCAACCGGCACAGUGGUUUCCCUUUAGUGGGAUCACUGAGCUGGUAAAUAACGUUCUUCAGCCUCAGCAAAAGCAGCAAAAUGAAAAGGAACCAGAGACGAAGUUGCACCAGCAGUUUGAAAUGUACAAAGAUCAAGUAAAGAAAAUGGGUGAAGAGUCACAGAUGUCACAAGAGCAAAAAGGAGAUGCCCCAACCUGUGGAAUUUGCCACAAAACUAAGUUUGCCGAUGGCUGUGGCCACAUCUGUUCAUAUUGCCAAACUAAAUUCUGUGCACGUUGCGGAGGACGUGUUUCUCUGCGGUCAAAUAAGGUUAUGUGGGUAUGCAAUCUGUGCCGAAAACAACAAGAAAUCCUUACAAAAUCUGGAGCAUGGUUUUACAACAGUGGUUUAAAUACACCCCAGCAGCGGGAACUAAGUGAUCUCACUCAAGUGCAUGGGAAUGAAGAAGCUCCUCGGGAAAAGAAGGCAAAACUGCAGGAGUCAUCCCAGUACUUGGGACCCUCAGGGGAUAUUUCCACACCAGCAUCAGACAAAAAUAGACCUCAAGGGCUUGUGCGACAAGAGUUGAUCAAACACGGUUCAGGAGUGAAGCAUUCGGGUCCAAGCACAGGCGAAACACUCACUGACAGGAAGAGAAGCCCUUCAGCAUCCAGGGAUUCAAACCAAAAAUACGAUCAAAGGGAGGAGAGAGAAGAAUGUUCACAGUAUGUUCCGUUGGACAGCGGGAUGCCCAGGUCACCAUCAGACUACGGAGAUCGUGAGCAAAGACGAGGACAACGUAGUACACAAAUAUAUGAGGAUUCAGAUGCUGCACGUGGUGAAUACCAUGACAGGCGAAGUUGGAGGCACUCACAGGAUUAUCCAAUAAAUGAGGAACUAGAUGGUCAACAAAGUGAGUAUGAGAGACAAAGGCAACAACAAGAAGAUUACCAGGCUCGUUAUCGAAGUGAUCCCAACUUAGCUCGCUAUCCUGUCAAACCCCAGCCUUAUGAAGAGCAAAUGCGUAUUCAUGUUGAGGUUUCUCGGGCCCGGCAUGAGCGGAGACAUAGUGAUGUGUCACUAGCUUACACAGAGGUGGAUGAGCCACAGGUUUCUCAGACUCAUGGUGACCAUCAAUCAAGGCAGCGCCCAACUUUUGAGAGGCGAAUGCCCCUUGAGAGUCAACGCUCUUGUUCUGUGGAAAGAACUCGAGAAGCUCAGGGACCUAGCCCUCAUGAUCGACAGCGGACAUCUAACCACAGUCCCCCUACUCCACGCCGGAGCCCUGUGCUGGGUGAGAGACCUGGGGACUUACGCCAUGUAGGGGGGGAAUCCAUGCGUAAACAACAACACCACCUGGACCCUAGUUCGGCUGUUAGGAAAACAAAACGAGAGAAGAUGGAGACAAUGUUGCGGAAUGAUUCACUUAGCUCAGACCAGUCUGAAUCUAUUCGGCCCCCACCACCAAAACCACACAAAACUAAAAAAGGAGGCAAAAUGCGUCAGGUCUCACUGAGUAGUUCUGAGGAGGAGCUGGCAACUACCCCAGAAUAUACAAGUUGUGACGAUGUGGAAAUUGAGAGUGAAUCAGUUAGUGAGAAAGGCGACAGUCAAAGGGGAAAAAGAAAAACUAGUGAGCAGGCAUUUUUGUCGGACUCAAACACCCUGUCAGAGAGACAAAAGAAAAUGGUGCGCUUUGGGGGCCACUCUUUGGAAGAGGAUUUGGAAUGGUCUGAACCUCAGAUUAAAGACUCUGGGGUAGAUACAUGCAGUAGCACAACCCUAAACGAGGAGCAUAGCCAUAGUGAGAAGCACCCAGUGACUUGGCAGCCAUCCAAAGAUGGAGAUCGUCUAAUAGGGCGGAUUUUGCUUAACAAACGCCUGAAAGAUGGAAGUGUGCCUAGAGACUCUGGAGCAUUGCUGGGAUUAAAGGUUGUAGGUGGAAAAAUGACUGAAUCUGGUAGACUUUGUGCAUUCAUUACAAAAGUAAAGAAAGGAAGUCUAGCUGAUACAGUUGGCCAUCUUCGACCAGGUGAUCAAGUUCUUGAAUGGAACGGAAGGCAUUUACAAGGAGCAACUUUUAAGGAAGUUUACAACAUCAUCCUUGAAUCCAAGCCUGAACCUCAAGUGGAGCUGGUGGUCUCUCGGCCAAUAGGAGAUAUUCCUCGGAUACCAGACAGCACACAUGCACAACUGGAAUCAAGUUCAAGUUCUUUUGAAUCCCAGAAAAUGGAUCGCCCAUCUAUUUCUGUUACUUCUCCCAUGAGCCCAGGCAUGCUGCGGGAUGCUCCCCAGUACCUCUCUGGGCAACUAUCAAGCCAAAGCCUUAGUAGAAGAACCACGCCUUUUGUUCCUAGGGUUCAGAUUAAACUAUGGUAUGACAAGGUUGGCCACCAAUUAAUUGUCACUAUACUUGGAGCGAAAGACCUUCCUUCAAGAGAAGAUGGAAGACCGCGGAACCCUUAUGUAAAAAUUUAUUUUCUCCCAGAUAGGAGUGACAAAAGCAAGAGAAGAACAAAGACAGUAAAGAAAACAUUAGAACCUAAAUGGAAUCAGACGUUUAUGUAUUCUCCGGUUCAUCGACGGGAAUUUCGAGAACGUAUGUUGGAAGUCACCCUAUGGGAUCAAGCACGUGUCAGAGAAGAAGAAAGUGAAUUUUUAGGCGAAAUCCUGAUUGAGCUGGAGACAGCUUUAUUGGAUGAUGAGCCUCAUUGGUACAAGCUGCAGACACAUGACAUUUCAUCAAUGCCACUUCCUCAUCCAUCACCGUAUCUGCCACGGAGGCAACUACAUGGAGAAAGCCCUAAAAGACUACAAAGAUCUCAGCGCAUCAGUGACAGUGAAAUCUCUGACUAUGACUGUGAUGAUGGUGUUGGAGUGGUGUCAGAUUAUAGACAUAAUGGAAGAGACCUUCAAAGCUCAACACUGUCAGUUCCAGAGCAAGUGAUAUCAUCUAAUCACUGUCCCAGGUUAGGAUCCUCUUAUCGAGGAGAAGAAUUGGGCAGGAACCGAUCACGAUCCCCAAGUGUACCGCCACCACAAAGCCGAAGUUUAGAUCAGCCCUCUCGAAGUACUCGGUCUUCUCCCACUCAGUACAACACUACGAACCGAAUGGAUAGACAGCGUAUAAUGGAUGAUCAUUAUUCCCCUGACAGCCAGUAUCUUUCACUACCUCGGUCCCGACCUAAUCUGCCUUUUGAGCAUCAUCACAAGGAACCCAGCAACAACCAUAUCAUGUAUCCCAUCUAUCGUGAAGAUGCAGUAAGGUUACUGCGUUCCCAUAGGAUGUGCCGCACGUAUUCUGAGGGUGCUUACAAUGAUCAUGAGAGGAAUUGUGAAGGCCUGGAUAGACAUGAAAAUCAAAGAUCCAGAUCCACAGAUCAGCGUACCAUGAUUGAGCGGACCACCACCCGCUCCCGGUCCACUGAGCGCCUCGACUCUAACCUCAUGAGAUCGAUGCCAUCUUUAACAUCAGGAAGAUCAGCCCCUCCCUCACCUGCCUUAACGAGCAUUAGAUAUGAACAUCCUGAUUUACAUGUUGGGUCACAUCUUCGUAGUGGAUCUGUUCAGACCAGUCCCACCAGUACUCCAGCAGCCGGAAGAAGAGGACGCCAGUUACCACAACUUCCUCCAAAGGGUACUUUAGAAAGAAAAAAUGGAGAAGAAGAAGUAGAGCUUUAUAAAGAAGAAGCAGGGGAAGAAAAUGAGCAUGCUGAAAAGGGGUCAGAGACUGAGGAAGAGGGGAAUGAAGCAGAACUACAAAAUGAUGAUGCAGGUUCUAUUGAUACAGAUGAAAAACAACACCAAAUGAAGCUGAAAAUUAACAAAUACAGACAGUGUGCUGGAUCUGACACCAGGCUGGAACAGGACUUUCAUUCAAAGCAUCGAUCAGGCAGAGAUCCACAGCGAGGAUCCGACAAUCUGUCUAAUAAAUCAUCAGACAGUGAUGUGAGCGACGUGUCCGCUGUUUCGAGGACUAGUAGUGCUUCUCGGUUCAGCAGCACGAGCUACAUGUCAGUACAGUCUGAACGGCCAAGAGGAAACAGAAAAAUAAGGCGAUCAAAGACAAUAGAAGAUCAAAGAGAGGGUGGGAGGGAAGGGGAGGUUCAAAUGAAUGAUUUAGUAGUAGAGGAAAAAGAAGAGGAAGUGCAGGAUGGGGAAGGGAAGGAGGAAACUGAUGACUGUGACAAAGAGGACAAGGAAGCAGGAGAGCACAAUGAAGGUGAAGAUGAGAAGGAAGUGCAUGGGGAAGGGAGAGAAAAAAGACAGAGAAAAAAAGAGGAUUUGCAGAGGAGAUUCUCAGAAAAUGAUGUCAGUGACUUUACAUCCAAAAUGAAAAACAGGCAGAUGGGAGUCCCUGGAAAGAACAUGACGAAAAGCACCAGCAUUGGAGGUGACAUGUACAGCUUGGAAAAGAACGAUGGCAGCCAGUCAGACACUGCUGUGGGUUCAGUAGGUGCUGGGGGCAAGAAGAGACGUUCAAGCAUAGGUGCCAAAAUGGUGGCGAUUGUGGGGUUAUCACGGAAGAGCCGGAGUACAUCUCAACUCAGCCAAACAGAGGCAGGUGGCAAAAAGCUGCGCAGCACUAUUCAAAGGAGCACAGAGACAGGACUGGCAGUAGAGAUGAGAAAUCGUAUGACGAGACAAGCUAGUAGAGAAUCCACUGAUGGCAGCAUGAACAGUUAUAGCUCCGAGGGGAAUCUCAUCUUUCCUGGAGUGCGACUAGCAUCAGAUAGCCAGUUUAGUGAUUUUCUUGAUGGCCUGGGUCCAGCUCAGCUUGUUGGUCGACAGACAUUAGCAACUCCAUCUAUGGGUGACAUCCAAAUUGGAAUGAUGGACAAAAAAGGACAGUUAGAGGUUGAAGUAAUCAGAGCUCGUGGCCUUGUUGGGAAACCUGGUUCUAAGGCACUGCCAGCACCCUAUGUUAAGGUGUACCUUUUAGAAAAUGGAGUAUGUAUAGCCAAAAAGAAAACAAAAGUAGCAAGGAAAACACUUGACCCCCUAUACCAGCAGCAGCUGUCCUUUGAAGAAAGUCCAACAGGAAAAGUUUUACAGAUUAUUGUGUGGGGAGACUACGGACGUAUGGACCAUAAGUCUUUCAUGGGAGCUGCACAGAUACUGUUAGAUGAGCUUGAUCUGUCAAAUAUGGUGAUUGGCUGGUUCAAGCUGUUUCCCCCUUCUUCUUUGGUGGACCCUACUUUGGCUCCUCUGACAAGAAGAGCUUCCCAGUCAUCACUUGACAGUUCAAUAGCUUAUGCACGUUCGUAGCAGUCAAGGAAAGAGGAAUUAUCAGCAACCAGCAUCCAACUUAUCAGUCUUAACAGGUUGCAAAACCUGUUGAGCCCUGCAUGCUUAAUGUUCUGUCUUCUGAGCCCAUUUUUAGGGAUGCAUAUAUGGCCCUGUGUUUUCAGGGAAAGUCGCACACAUUGUGCGUUGAGAAGGCCCUUAGGGAAAAGAGGUAGACAACUUAACAUAUAUGGACUUCAAUGACACAGCUCUCGUCAAAUCUGAAGCCAUCCAAAAUAAAUAUAUAAAUCUGGGAACCAAUUACUUAAAAGAACAAAAGUUCUUUUUUAAAUGUCAUAUCAUUUUUGAUGUUCUACAAAGUGGGUCUUGUGAGAGGACGAAACAGAAGCUUGGUUACGCCAUGACAUUAAAGCCAGCUGCAACAGUGGAGCUUCAGAUAAUUUAAGGGGGUUAAGGAUGUUUCUAGCAAGAAUGAAUGGUGCCAGAUAACCCCCGUCCUCUGCCUAACAUCCUUAAUAUAUGCAUACGUAGCAAUUCUCUCCCAAAAGACAGUUUUUUUGAAGCAAUGUCAAUACUGAUGUGGCAACCAUUGACAGUCCCAAAUCUUUACAAUAAAACCCAAAAUAAAAUGAACUUUGUGAUCUAAUAAUUUUUUUUGUUGAUAUGUUGUAUGAAAUAAAUAAAAAGGAGAAACAAUUUUUUGCAUGGACAAAAUUUAGCUGAACCUAAAAAGAAAUUAUUUUCUUGAGGCUGUAACUUGCAAAAAAUAAGAAAAUAAAAACUCAGCCAUUUUCAACAGUUUAUAUUAUUUUUAAAAAAAUAAAUUUCACUAGUGCAUGGUUUUCAAGGCGACUGAAUGCAAUAGUGUGAUAAAGAAGAUACCAUGUUUAUCAUUCUUUAGACCAUUCAUCAGUCUGUGUUUUUGCAGACAUUCUCAUAGCAAAAGCUAAAGACAACAUUUUCUAGCAAAUAAUUAAAAGAAACCUGUUUAUGUGACAAAAAGAAUUUAAAAGUAACAUUAAAAUAUUUAUUUCAUUGUAAAGGUGUAAGCCUUAUAAAGAUGAUCAUUAUGUGCAAAUUGUACACUCUAUUUCCCUUUCCUAGGGUGCCCAUUUUACUCUCAAAUGCUACCUUUGUAUUUAUUACCUGUUUAUGACCCAUGUUCAGUCCAGUCUUGUGGGUUCUCCGCACUUCUGGAUGUUUCUAUAUUUAUUUUUAUUCAAGCAUGUUGAAAAGGGAUUUUUGCAACAUGGCUUGGGAACAACCUACAGUUACUGAGCAUGUAUUUGAUAAAAAGAUGAUACUUUGAAUUUUUGCAGUUUCUUGUACAGUGCAUGUAAAGUAAGUUACAUUUUCUCCUCAUAAAUUGAAUUAUACAGCAAAAAGAAUGACUGGCCUUGUGUGGUCAGUGUAACAGAUAAGUAUUUUACCGAAACAUUUUACAACACAGUAUCAAUUUUAUUCUAUUUUUUUUUAAGAACAUAUUUUAUAUGUAAAUGAGACUGCACAGAGGCUAAUCAUGUAACAUUACCUUUUACUCUUGUGUUGAUUAAAACUUGUAUGGCCUAAAUUCACCAUUCAAUUUGUAAACACUGCAGUUCGUAGCUAUGAAGUGAACAGCAAGAAUACCAAUGGUUUGCUGUAAAGUUCAAUUUUCCAAUCACUAUGUGUGAUUAUGUCAUAGAAUUAAAGGCAAAAUGGUAUGUCAAGAGAAUUUGCCACACAGUCUAAAUUUUAAAUUGUUUCUUGUUUUGAGAAAAUAAAAAAUAAAUUGUUUGCUA